GAAGCAUUCAGUUCCUUCUCUCGCGGUUGUCUCACAGGAAUAAUGGAGUCCAAAGAGAAACAAGCAGGAAAAAAUCUGAAUGUGGAAAAUGCCCUCCAGGAAAAUGAAGAAAAGGACGAAAAGGAGCAAGACGCUAACAAAGCAGAGCCCUUGGCACUCCCUUUGGAAGCUGGUGAAUACUGUGUGCCUAGAGGAAGCCAUAGGCAACUCCGAGUUAGGCAGCCCAUCCUGCAGUAUAGAUGGGACAUGAUUCAGAGGCUUGGAGAGCCACAGGCAAGGAUGAGAGAAGAGAAUGUAGAAAGGAUUGGGGAGGAGGUGAGACAGCUGAUGGAAAAACUGAGGGGAAAGCAAUUGAGUCAUAGUCUGCGGGCAGUUAGCACUGACCCCCCUCACCAUGACCAUCACGAUGAGUUUUGCCUUAUGCCAUGAAUUCUGAUGUUAAUAGGUAGACCCCUGCUUCCUAAACUUACGUGUGUAAGGCACCUUUGUUGUAAACCUUUCGAUGCUGCUUGUUUCUGAUGGGUCUCCUAUUACCAGCUUCUAACUGAAUGUCGUGUUUUUGACCCAGUCUGUAAGUUUCUGUCAGCAGGGGAGUUUUACCUAUUGCCUGGAAACAUGCUCAUUAUAUAUUGUGAAGUUAAUAAAGCAGUUU